AUGAAGGAGCUGGAGCAGAGCGAAAAUAAAUUGGUAAGAUGUGCAAUCAUCAUUAUGCACACCUUUGCUGCUGUUGCUGCUGCUACUGCUGCUGCUGCUGCUGCUGCGCGAUGUGGCUGCGAUACCAGGGACAGAAGUAGUAGGUGGCUGUUCGACGAUAAGAGAAAGACAAAUUUCAACGGCGCAGCAGCGAAAAAACGAUUUGUACACCUCCUAUUCCGACAGUAUAAGCAGGAACGCUUGCUGAUGCUGGAGACGAAAAGCAAGCUGGAGAGAGAACGAAACGCACUAAUCCAGGAACGGGAAAUGCUUACCAAAAAUGAACAACAAGCAAUACUGAACAAAGGCGGAACAAUGAGGGCGCCGAUUAAGUUGAAGCUCGGCUUCAGAUGA